CUACAGGGAACCAAGAACGUGACGUACCACAGUAAAGAACUAUGAUCGAGAACUAUAUAUCAUGUGCGUGUUGCUAGAAGUUGUAAUGCUCUAAAGAAUACACACGACUACAGAACUUCGAUCUUCGACGCCAACAGUAAAAAUGACAAUGAGAAUGAAUAGAAAUAAAGAAUGACUAUCCGCUCAGAACAAGCACUCUUUUAAACUAUCGACUUAAAUGUUGAGAAUAGUGAUUGCAUUUUCAGUAUCAAAUGGUGUCAGCGCAACAGUCGAAUGCCGUAUCAGUAUCUACUUCUAGCCUCAAUUUUUCCGAUCAUACAUACAAUGAACAACUAGUACAAAAAUCGUGCUAAAUUGAUAAGAAUAUGGCACGGCGAUCAGAAGUGCAGCACGUAUUUGAGAUUUCAUUAUCUUGUUAUCAAUAAGCCAAAAAAUGAUUCGAAGUAUACCACGAAUACAAGAAAUGCUGUUGUUCGAUUCGAAUUUUUGUCAUCUAUCUAUCACUCAAGUGUGUACUUGUAUCAAGAAGCGUGGGUGGGCGCGGUAAAAUGAUUCCACUCUGGAUGGUGUAUCAUAGGUCUAGGAGGUGCAAGACGGAGCCAGAGGAAAUAUGCUCCGUCAGUCUUGUAAUUUCUCGAUCCCCGCUCUUAUCUGCAAGUGCAAGGUGUGAAGACGUAUCAUCUUCACUUAGCUAUGUGUAGUAUCUUCUAUUCUGUCAACUACCCGUAUCCUAGUCCACCCACCCCGCAAUUGCAUUGUGUUGUUAUUCUAUUUGUUGCUGUGUUGUUGUUCUAUUUGUUGAAUAUACUCGCAUGUAUGUACCUGCACCUGAUGUUGAGUUGUUAGAUUUCAGAACAAAUUAUAAUAUCAAAGCGAAGGCGAUUUCUAAGAUGUUAGUUUUUUGCUUGGUGCUGACCUCCUUAAACCUAAACGAUACCUCAAAAAUUGUACGAGAAAUGGAAAAAAUCUCUCAUGAACUCCAGUUUGAUGCAGUUUUGUGGCCUCCUCAGCCAUGUAGACUAGUUGAGUGCGACCUCAUCCUUGUACCGCCAACACAAUGUAUCAGAAUUUGUACUCCCGGAUGCGGAUCGAAUUUUCUGGUGUGCCAAAAAGUUGUCCUGUCACGUAAAGUUUCCUAAGAAUACUAGCUGCCCAAACAG